CCCUGCUGCCAGGCUCUUGCCAGCUGGAGACCCCUCGGCACUGCCCGCAGCCAGCGGGAUGAUGGGCUGGAUUGACCGGGUGGUCCCCCAGCCCCCGGUGCCCCAUGUGACAGAGGAGACCCCUGUGCAGGAGCUGGGGCCGGCUAAGGCACCAACAGGAAAAGCCGGUGGCCCCACAGAUGCUGCUGACCAUUCCCCUGCUGCCGUUGAAGAAACAGAAAAGAAAGUGACCUUUGUGGUCUCUGAGGACUCAAGUUCUGUGUUUGACAGUGUGGGGAGUAGUGUGCUCUCCUGGCUCUCCUAUGGGCUGGAGAAGGUGAUUCCCCAGCCAGCCCCAGCCCCAGGGCUGCAGGCACUCGGGAAGAGCUUCGAGACAAGCAUCGACAUUGCUGAUGAGACAGAGGUCCAGGUCCUUGGAGAUGAGGACGACGAUGGUCUGGAGAUAACUCCCUUCGAUCCCGAGGAGGACGUCUCCGAGGGCGAACCAGAGACCGCUCCGGAGAAGUGGGCAGGAAAGCGGGUGCUCGGUUGGCUGUCACAGGGCUUCGAGAAGAUUUUGCCGCAGCCAGAGGGGAUGAAAAAGCCGGAGACAGAGCCGAAGGAGAAGACCGAAGGCGCGGUGGAAGGUGAGCGAUCCGACCCCCGUCCCUGGCUGAGCCCGGCUGGGCUGGGCCUGCCCUCGUCUCCACGCUCAGCAUUCCCACUGUACCGGGACGGGUGGGGACACAGGUGCCAGGGAUGGGGACACAGGUCCCGCCAUCACGGCACAGCCCCUACACAGCUUCUGUCCCCAAGCGGUGUCCUGGUCCCAGGCACAAAAGAGACUAAAACCCAGGCGAAGCCAAAAUCCGUCACUUCAGCCACACAAGGCACCCGAGCGGCAGAGAAGAGGCAGCCGGAGGCGGUGACCGCCCUCAGCCCUCGGUCCGUGCCUGGGGACAGCAGCAGGAUGUUCAGCUGGUUUGUCCAGGGGCUGGAGAAGGUGAUGCCACAGCCGGUGACCAGGGAGAAGCAGGACACACAGGGAGUGGCCACAGAAACCUCAACUCCUGUGGAACAAAACCUUGAGGAGGAGAGGAUAAAAGAUGAAGAGGAAACGAUAAAAGAGGAGGAGGAGAGGAUAAAAGGGGAAGAGGAGGACGGGAAAAAGGAGGAAGAGGAGAGGAAGCAAGAGGAAGAGGAGGACAGGAAAAAAGAGGAGGAAGAGGAGAGGAAGAAAAGGGAGGAGGAGAGGGAAGAAAAGGAAGAGGAGAGGAAGAUAGAGGAGGAAGAAAAGGAAGAGGAGAGGAAGAUAGAGGAGGAAGAAAAGGAAGAGGAGAGGAAGAUAGAGGAGGACAGGAAGAAAGAGGAAGAGGAGGGGAAGAUAGAGGAGGACAGGAAGAAAGAGGAGGAGGAGGAGAGGAAGAUGAUAGAGGAGGACAGGAAGAAAGAGGAGGAGGAGAGGAAGAUAGAGGAGGACAGGAAGAAAGAGGAGGAGGAGAGGAAGAUAGAGGAGGACAGGAAGAAAGAGGAGAAAAGGAAGAAGGAGGAGAAGAAGAAGGAGAGGAAAAAAGAGGAGAAGAAGAAAGAGGAAAAGAGGAAAGAGGAAGAUAAGAAAGAGGAGAAGCAGGAGGAGAGUGCGGAACCCCUGCUGCAGCUGCCUUGUCUCCCUGCUGAUAAGGGUGUGGAUGGAGCCUGCCUUGCCGAGGAGCCCCUCAGGGUUGAGCACCUGCAAGAAGUGGAGAUAAGUAAUCUCGAAGGUGCUCCUGUGCAGGUGGAAGAGAAGACAGCUGAAGCUGCUGAAACCAAUGCUGAAGGUAAUUGUCCCACCGUGGAGAUCAAGGCUGUGGACAGUGCUGUGGAGAUCCAUGGCAGCCCUGUGCUGGUGCCUGCUGCUCCCAACCUGCUGGCGGUGCCCGGCGCAGCAUCCCCCAGGAGGAAACGACUGCUCCCAGAGGAUGGUCUGGACAAGGGACUGGUGAGCCAAUUCCCCAGCCGAGUGCUGGGCUGGGAUGAGGAGCAGAGGGAAAGGCUGCCCGAACGCAUGGGCUCAGCCACGAGCCUGAGCAGCGCCGGCAUCAACACCCGGCUCCAGGAGCUGGUGAGGCUCUUCAAAGAGAGGACAGAGAGGGUGAAGGAGAAGCUGAUUGACUCUGAUGUCACCUCAGACGAUGAGAGCCCUGUGGCAUCUCCCAUCAAGCCAGCACCUGCAGCAGCACCACUGCUUGCCCCGGGAGGGGAGCUGAAGGGGGACAAACCUUCGAGGGAUGACCAUUACUGUGAGAUGCUGUGCUGCACAUUCAAGUACCGGCCCUGGCUGGACCGCCUGAAAAGCUCCAAGUUCCCCAGCAGCAUCGACCCCCUCACCAAUCUGAUGUACGUGCUGUGGCUGUUCUUCGUUGUCAUGGCCUGGAACUGGAACUGCUGGUUGAUCCCUGUCCGCUGGGCUUUCCCCUACCAGACUCCAGCAAACAUCCACUACUGGCUGCUGGUGGACUACCUCUGUGACCUCAUUUAUCUGCUGGACAUCCUCAUCUUUCAGACCCGGCUGCAGUUUGUGCAGGGAGGAGACAUCAUCACUGACAAAAAGGCCAUGAAGGAGAACUACCUGCGAUCACAGCGCUUCAAGAUGGAUGUGCUGUGCCUCCUGCCCCUGGAUUUCUUCUACUUCAAAGUGGGUGUCAACCCCCUCCUGCGUUUCCCUCGCUGUCUGAAGUACAUGGCCUUCUUCGAGUUCAACAACCGCCUGGAGGCCAUCCUGACCAAGGCAUACAUCUACAGAGUGAUUCGGACCACUGCCUACUUACUGUACAGCCUGCACGUGAACUCCUGCCUCUACUACUGGGCCUCAGCCUACGAAGGACUGGGCUCCACCACCUGGGUCUAUGAUGGGGAAGGAAACAGCUACAUCCGCUGUUACUACUGGGCAGUGAAAACCCUCAUCACCAUCGGGGGCCUGCCAGACCCCAAGACCCUGUUUGAGAUCGUCUUCCAGCUGCUGAACUACUUCACAGGCGUCUUUGCUUUCUCUGUCAUGAUAGGGCAGAUGAGAGACGUGGUUGGUGCUGCUACUGCCGGGCAGACUUACUAUCGGAGCUGCAUGGACAGCACCAUUAAAUACAUGAACUUCUACAAGAUCCCCAGAACUGUUCAGAACCGGGUGAAGACGUGGUAUGAGUACACAUGGCACUCUCAGGGCAUGCUAGAUGAGUCAGAGCUGCUGGUGCAGCUACCAGACAAGAUGAGGCUGGACAUUGCCAUUGACGUGAACUACAACAUUGUGAGCAAAGUGGCCCUUUUCCAGGGUUGUGACAGACAGAUGAUCUUCGACAUGCUGAAGCGGCUCAGAUCAGUGGUCUACCUGCCCAAUGACUACGUGUGCAAGAAGGGAGAAAUAGGCCGUGAGAUGUACAUCAUCCAGGCGGGACAAGUGCAGGUGCUGGGGGGACCUGAUGGCAAAUCCGUGCUGGUGACUCUGAAAGCUGGAUCUGUCUUUGGGGAAAUCAGCUUGCUGGCAGCAGGAGGGGGAAAUCGCCGGACAGCAAAUGUGGUGGCACACGGCUUCGCCAACCUUUUUAUUUUGGAGAAGAAAGACUUGAACGAGAUUCUGGUGCAUUACCCGGAGUCUCAGAAGCUGCUGCGUAAGAAAGCCAAGAAAAUGCUGAAAAGCAACAACAAACCCAAAGAAGAGAAAGGUGGCCCCGGAGAUGCACUGAUCAUCCCCCCGAGAGCUGACACCCCAAAGCUGUUCAAGGCUGCCCUGGCUGCCACGGGCAGGGUGGGGGGCAAAGGGGCCCUGGGGCGGCUCCGCUGGAGGCUGAAGGAGCUCAGGACGAUGCAGGAGGCACAGGGUUCCAGUGUCAGCCCAACCCCACCAAAAUCACCAGUGCACCAGAGAUCGCCUGUCACAUCCCACAAGGCACAAACCCGGCUGGGAGAAGAAAUAUCCUCAGAAUCUUCUGCUCAUUCAGUCACCAUUCGUGUGAUUUCCACAGCAAAAGAACAUGAGGAAAUCCUUGCUGCUGAGAUUUCAGAGAAAGAUGAAAAAAAAGAAGAGAAAUGA